AUGAUCGUCAUAGGCAAACGUUCUAUCCUAAAUUCUAGAAGACAACCGGAGCUAUUCGGAAUGCGGCUACGAUCUGUUAUGGUCACUGGAAUCAUCGUAGAUACAAUGUUCAUGAAACUAGACAAUUCCCGAAAAGGCGUCCAAGAGCGUUUAGGAUUCUUCGCAUUCGCAAUGUCCACAACUUUCUACAACUGUGCGGAAGCUGGUGUUUCUACAAGAGCGUUACAUAUUCAUGAGAGAAACCGCUUACUGGAGAUCAUCGUACGUCCUCUCUCAGUCCAUAAUCUCGAUCCCUUCUCUCGUCUUUCUCGCCGGAAGCUUUGUAGCCACCACGUUCUGGGCCGUUGGUCUCGGCUGCGGUGCCAUUGGUUUCCUCUUCUUCUUCUUCUUCACCAUCCUGGCCUCGUUUUGGGCCGGAAGCUCCUUCGUGACGUUCCUGUCCGGCGUCGUAUCGAAUGUGAUGCUCGGAUUCACCGUCGUCGUAGCGAUCCUUGCCUAUUUCCUCCUCUUCUCCAGAUUCUUCAUCUCCCGGGACCAAAUCCCUCUCUACUGGAUCUGGUUCCACUACUUCUCCCUCGUGAAAUACCCAUCCGUCGAAAUACUUCGUCCGUGAGAUUCAGAUUUUCGACAAUUCGCCGCUCGGGCAGAUGCCGUGAAAUUGAAUCUCCUAAAGAGCAUGAGCGGCGUUUUGGGGGUCAAUAUGACAGCGGAGACAUGCGUGACUACGGGGAUCGACAUUCUGAAGCAGCAAGGGAUUACAUAUAUCAGCAAAUGAAAUUGUUUGUGGAUCAUUGUAGCUUGGGAAUUCUUCUUUAG